AUGGCUGGCCUACCUCAAGUUUGUCGACGACUAUUCAAAGAGUUUAGUGGUCCUCGCCGCUACGUGCUGCUUCUGCCAACCCUGCUGCUUCUACUGCUAGUGCUGUGGCCCCCACUGUGGUGGUACGUGGUGAGGAGCGGUUACGCACUCCUGCCGCCGCCAGAGCUGUCCCGACAUUACAUGGUCAAUAGGAGCCUGCAAGACUACCUGGAUAAAAUUGGUAUCCUGCUGGAACCGAAAGAGUCGCCAUGUGGCCCUGGCAAGGAUGCUCCCAUCAUCAUCAUGGUAUCGACCACGGCGCCGCGCGCUGGCCAGCGAACCGCCGUCCGAGAGACAUGGGGCUUGUACCAGCCCACCCUGUUCGUGAUGGGGAUUUACGGGGAUAGGGAAAAACAAUUGGCAGAGAACACCAGAGAAGCUGAAGAGUACCACGACUUGUUGGUCUUCGAUUUCCGAGAUCAAAAAGAGAACCAGACCCUGAAGACUGCGCUGAUGAUGAAGUAUACCCUGCUGAGGUGCCCGAUAGCGCACUUUAUGCUGAAGACUCAGGACAAUGCGAUGGUGAACCCUUGGAUGCUCAACAAGGUCAUAUGGCAACAUCUUGAUCGCCCCCUCGUUGGUUAG